AUGAGUCAGAUUUCUGAACGGGUGCAGUUGUAUAUUGCUCUGGGUUACCUUGCUGCCAGUGCCGUUUUCGUUGUUUAUCUUGGUGGUCGACGACUUUUUCAACGUACGCUUGAAAUGAAGAAAACACAUGGUAACCCUGAUGAGGUUAUGGGAACUGGUGACGCAAUGGCACUCCCUGUGAUGGGAUCAAUGGUUCUUUUCUCUAUUUAUGUGCUUCUGCGAUUUGUUCCAUUGGAGUACUUCAAUGCCGUGGUGUCCUUUUACUUGAGUGUCAUUGGCAUUUUUUGCCUGGGAUCAUUCAUCAAGGCCUAUGUGCGUCCGAAUAUUUUGACUGGUAUCACCUGCUGUGUAGUGGGAGGAGUCUAUUACUGGACCAACAGCUGGAUAGCGAAUAAUUUAUUGUCGGUGGCAAUCGGUGUUACAGCCAUUGAAGCAGUUCAUAUAGGUUCUUUUAAAAGUGCGUUUGUACUGUUGAUUGGCCUCUUUUUGUACGACAUAUUCUGGGUUUUCGGAUCUGAUGUAAUGCUUACGGUGGCGAGUGGUGUCAAUGGUCCGAUCAAGCUCCUUUUUCCCCGCACAGUGUUUGGAGAUCACCAGUCGAAGAGUCUAUUGGGAUUGGGUGACCUUAUCAUUCCAGGUUUCUUUAUCGCGCAAACACUCAUUUUCUCUUCCGAGUAUGUCAAGAGAGGGAGCUAUUAUUUCCAUGUAGCUCUUGUUGCAUAUGCGCUAAGUCUGGCGAAUACUAUGGGCGUCAUGAUUAUCUUUGAGCAUGGACAGCCGGCACUGCUGUUCAUCGUUCCCUGGUUGCUUAUUACGUUUUUGGUGGCAGCCAUGAUAAAAGGUGAUUUGAAAGCUGCGUUUGUCUACACAUCCGAUGAUGUUACAGAACCCACUCCUGAUACGAAGAAAGAGACAAGUGAAGGUGCCACGGUGGAUAGAUCGGAGAAUGAUGUUGCCGAUGAUAAUGAUGGUGAUGAUGACUCUUUGAUAGACUUUUUAUUGUGUGCAACAUUGGAGUUGUUCGGUUGGGAAUCCAAAAAAAAGAAGGAACAUUCUAACAAGGUGAGCCUUAAGAAAAAAAAUAGCUGA